GAAAUGCGAGUCCCGAAACAGAAAAAGUUAUUCAAAGAAUUCUUGUUCGGUUCGCUUGCGUGGACCACCUUUCAAGUUUUAUUUUAGAAAAGUUGUUGGCAUCCAAGAAUCCCAGAUAUGCGAAAUUUAUCUUGAAUAUAGGAAAAAUCAAUAUCUCGAAUUCAGCUACGUGUUUACAGUUGAUCUACAAUACCGUUUACUCGGAAGUACAAGCAUUUUUUCAAAAUAUUGAAUGUGUAUCUUCGACUCUGAUAGCGUUUUCGAAGGUACUUGCUUACCUGAUUUUAUAUUACCAAAUAAAUCAACGGUAUACGAUGUGUCAAGUGAAUGAGCAGCAACUGGCGUCGUUCUACCUUCUAAUGCAACUGUCACCAGAAAACUCAGGCCAACGUCAAAGCAUUCUGUUUCUACUUUGUAGUUUUAUACAUACGAAUCAGAACCUCUUCGAAGAGAUAAAAUCUAUAGCAAACAAACAGUUAGAAGAGAUAAUAGACUUGGCAUUUACUGAACAAGAUGAGAGAAUUAAAGAGGAGGUCUUGAGAUUGAUGCUGACAAAAUUAGGUGGGCUGGACGAGAUGUACAAGUAUAAAAUUCUUUCUACAUUGAUCAUUAAUACGGACAAUAGCAAUUCAGCGUUUUUGAGCUAUAUUGAGAGUUUAGCGCAGAAUUUAGAAUUGUUAACGAUGGCCACUGGACCAGAAUUAUGUAAUUCGACGGACUUUGAAAAGAAAUUGCAAAUCUUUCAAGCAGUAAAACAUGAUCCGAAUUUUAAGGACUACCUUAACAAGGAAAACUUGCUAGAACCUAUAUUGCAGUUUAUUGUAGAUCUAGUAGAGUCAUCAAAGUCUGUUGUCGUCAAGUAUUAUUCUUAUCUAAUACCGAUCAUACAUGCCGUAUGUAAUUUACAUCCAGAAAACAAGGAAACAGUCGCCCAUUGGCUCAAAUCCUAUUUGUGCAAAUCCAUGAAUUAUCAUGUGACGAAUCAAUCUCAAACGCCUUCGUUAUUAUCACAUGAGAACGGUUUCUUUGCAAGAAUUUUUUGGGAUCUGCUUUUGUUUCAGGAUGAGGUGUUCGUGUGUCUCCAUAGUCAACACGGUCAGCCAACGAGGCUCAAGCAGAUGAUAAAUGGAUGGGAGAAUCGAGAAGAGCUUAAACUAGCGUUCAAGUUUAGAAAAGAGCGCUCACACCCAAAUUUAAUAAUAAGUGAAGAUGGCUUAACAAUAUGUGGUCCAAAAGGUCUACCAAUCCAGUCUAAGUUUUUGGUUGCGGUGAGCGAUUUUCCUAUCUCUCAAGGGAUUGUCAAAUGGGAGGUGAGGAUUAAACAGCUCAAACACAGUCUAGUGAUAGGGGUGAGUAAAAAAAAUCAUGGAUUUGACCCACAUUAUCCAGGACAAAUUACUGAUAACUCUGGAUGGUCUUAUUGCAUUUCUGUGGUGGACACAUCGGUUAUGGCUCACAACGGGAAUUUCGUGGUACAUCAGAAUCCUGUGAAGUCUGGGGAUGUAAUUAAGGUGACGGUGGAUAUGAAUGAAGGAACGUUAGCGUUUGGCGUCAACGAAACCGAUCUUGGGAUUGCGUAUUCUAACUUGAAGGGUAGCGUUGUAUAUCCUGCUAUAGCAAUGAGGAACACGCAAGAGAUUGUCGAAGUGAGCGGAUAUCUUAGCAUUGUUCAACCUGGGAUUUGCUUCACCCGAGAAAGACGGAUAGGAUACCACGUUCAUGAAACUCAUCCCCUACGCCCGCUUCGAACCAAUGAAUUUUAUUCUAUCUUGAGCAGAGUGAGACUGAAGGAGUUGUUUGAUGAUCUUUUGAGUGUUCUUCCUACUGAACCGGCCCCUAAGUUGAAAAUAUGUUUUGAGCAAAUAGUAUUUAGGAAUGGCCAGACAGAAAAACGUACGCUUUCUGAUUGGAAUCAGACAUUUGGACAGGUCGUUCAAGAGUGCGCACGCGAGGACAAAAAAUUUGUCGUAAUGGACUUAACAACUAUAUCAAAAAAUCAAACUACGGAGACUAGUUUAUCAGAUGGAAAGGAGUGGGAACGAAUCGAUAGUGGAGAUGAUGUCAGCGUGGCCGAAUAUUUUUUCAAGUAUGGUGGAUUGGCCAUGUUACUGAGCUAUUUAGAACAAGAAAUACUGACUGUGCUUCAAAAAGUUUACGACGAGCGUUCUCGUCUGUCAUUCAUGAAUGAUCCACUGGCCAAGCCUCAGGCAAAAUUGUUUGAACAGAACACAUUGAGUAAUAAUAAUGUGUAUGGAGAAGCAGCGUAUGAUGAUGGAACGAUCUCGCUCAAGAGAGAAAUAGAAGUCAUUAGGCGACGAGUCAUGUCGGCGAUUCAUUGGUUGAUGUUGAUGAGAGUGCUACUGUUUCCGAGAUAUUUAGUACACUUUGCCAAGAACGAGUUGAUGAUGGCCUUUUUGAGGGAUCUGUUCUAUGAUGUUCGAACUCUGAUAACAGAGAAAAUUUCGGAAUAUCGCACGGAAAUCAGGCAGACGAUAGUUAAAAGAAAAGAGAACUUAUAUAUGUUUUACAGGUUAACGCCAAAUAUGGCACUGCAGCAUGCAGAUUCUCAGUACUCACCGGAGUGUGUAAGCAUUGAAAUAUUGACGGAGAUGUUAAUCGAUUCGCGCAUAUGGAUUAAUUCUCCGUCUGCAGAACUGUCUGAGUGGGAGGAGGAAAGGAGAGAAGAGUUACUCGAUUUGAGAAAUGAGAUAUGGUCGUGUGGUGCGUUGGCUUGGAUAAUGAAAAUGUGCGCUGACAUAGUACGAAUCGAGGCAAAAGAUGCAAAGAAUGAAGAGAUUAGAAAGGCAGAAAAGAAGAAUGAAAUAGAGAGGGAAAUAGAGCUGAUUUUGAAUCAAACGACAGAAGGCGGUUGGUUGGAAUUGUCUAGUACGUGGUGGGAGACUGGGAUGAAUUGUCGAGGUUGCGUAUGGGAUGCAUCUAUAAGGCAGGUACAGAGAAAAUAUCAGGAACAUGCGAGUUUAUUAGUAAUGCUUCAGUUUAUUGAAAACUAUUUGACCGUUGUAGCUUGUAAUGCAGACAAAUCGACGAGCGUCGAGCUUUUGGAUCAGCCGAAAUUACAUCCAAAGGUUUAUGAGGUUUUGAUAGCGUCGUGUCUGAUUCCUUUACUAGAGAGCUAUUUGCGGAAUGAUUCAUUGUUGGACAUCAUGCGUAAAGUUGAUAUAUAUUAUCUUAUAUUGAGGGUGAUUCGGGUGAUGAUAAAGCACCAGGAGCUCGCUAUGGCGCUGGCAACGCAGGCAAAGAACAAAGAGAGUAAUUGGUACUUAUCGUUUUCGUUCAUGAAGCGAAUAAUAGAGGGGGCAAAUAAGCUACAGUUUCAAACUAGUAGAAAUAUAUCUAGGAACAUGAAAAAAGACGCGGACUCUGAAGAAAGCAGUAAUAAUAGUAACAAAUCGAUGAUGGGAGGGACGAUUGACGAAAGAUUGACACUGGAAAUCAACCUCACAGAGCAGCAGAUUAAGCAGAUCAUUGAUCCACUUCUCAGUUUGAGUCAGGAGGAGAGCCAAGAAGCCAGCUCGUCAUUUAAUGGCCCGGGUAGUUCGAGUACGGACGAAGGAACUUACCGAAAAGAAUUGGAACCUUUUCAGCUUGAUGAAAUAGAAAUGUCCGUCAAUGGUGUGUAUAAUCAUUACUACGCAAAACAGAUUGAGUCUGAAACCAGUGUCUCGACAGCCAAGAUGAAGCGUCUGGCCCAGGAACUUGGCUCCUUGAAUAUCGGUCUUCCACUACACUGGUCAUCUUCAGUAUUCAUAAGGGUAAGUAGCGAGAGAAUGGACGUGAUGAAAGUCGUAAUCUCUGGUCCAGUCGGCACGCCUUAUGAAAAUGGCUUAUUUUUGUUUGACGUAUACUGUCCAGCAGAGUACCCAAAGACCGAGCCUCUCAUUAAUUUGAGAACAACUGGUAACGGAUUGGUUCGGUUUAACCCUAAUUUAUAUAACAGUGGGAAAGUGUGUCUAUCACUGCUCGGUACAUGGCACGGUGGACCAGAUGAGAAGUGGAAUGAGGCCACUAGUACCUUGCUCCAAGUCUUCGUGUCCAUUCAGUCGCUGAUUUUUGUGGCUGAGCCUUACUUCAACGAGCCAGGAUACGAAUCUACCUUUGGCACCCGCGAUGCAAUGAAGAAGAGCAAAGCCUACAACGAGACGAUUCAACUAGCUACUUUGAAAUGGGCGAUAUUGGAUCCUCUAAAAAAUCCUUAUCCAGGAUUUGAAGACGUGAUUCGAAUUCACUUCAAGCUGAAAUCCAAAGCUAUCAAAAAAUGUUGUAACCGUUGGCUUCAGGAAUCAUUUUUGAACUCUAGAGAGUAUUGUUCAAAAAUACUGGGCCUCAGUAAGGAAAUCGCUAGUAUUAUUGCGGAUCUUGAAUAAAAAAAAUUUGCAUG